GUUAAAAUGUCAGGAUGUAUGUGCAGGAAAGUGUGGUUUUAAAGCGCAGUGUCAAAUGAUUAAUCACGAGCCUAUAUGCAGUUGUUUACCGGGAUUUACAGGAAAUCCAUUCCUGUAUUGCAUAAAAGAAGAAGAAAAAAAUCCAUGUAUUCCUUCGCCAUGCGGGCCCAACAGCGAAUGUCGAGUAGAAGAUCAUCAUACAUAUGUUCUUGCCAGAACAACUACCUUGGUUCGCCUCCGACGACGAUGUGCAGACCCGAAUGCAAUUCAGACUCUGAGUGUCCGCAGAACAAAACCUGCCGAGAGUUAAAAUGUCAGGAUGUAUGUGCAGAAAAGUGUGGUUUUAAAGCGCAGUGUCAAAUGAUUAAUCACGAGCCUAUAUGCAGUUGUUUACCGGGAUUUACAGGAAAUCCAUUCCUGUACUGCAUAAAAGAAGAAGAAAAAAAUCCAUGUAUUCCUUCGCCAUGCGGGUCAAACAGCGAAUGUCGAGUAGAAAAUCAUCACUCAGUAUGUUCUUGCCAGAACAACUACUUUGGUUCGCCUCCGACGACGAUGUGCAGACCCGAAUGCAAUUCAGACUCUGAGUGUCCGCAGAACAAAACCUGCCGAGAGUUAAAAUGUCAGGAUGUAUGUGCAGGAAAGUGUGCUUAUAAUGCACAGUGUCAAAUCAUUAAUCACGUGCCUAUAUGCAGUUGUUCGCCUGGAUUCACAGGAAAUCCAAUCUCAUACUGCACAGAAGAAGAAGAUGGUUCUAUCAAGAUGUUACUGAUCCCCGUGUUCAUAAUAAUGUUAUUAUUCUCAAUAAUAAUAAUUGGUACUGUUUUUUACUGCAAAUACAAGAGGGAAAUGGAAAAAAGAAAAGGAGAAAUUGCGAACAUGACACGACUAGUGAAAAAGAUUGUUGUUCAGAAACAAAUUGACACCAAUGGAGAUUUUCAGGAUAUCAUGAGCAUGCCUGUUGUUUCGAUUCAACAUUUAAUAAGUGGAAAAGAUAGAAGUGGAAUGGUAUCGGAUGGAGAAUAUGAAAUGUCAUUAGAUGAACGUUGGGAAUAUCCUCGAAAGGACUUGCGCAUAAUAAAAACUUUGGGGGUAGGCGAAUUUGGACAGGUUGUUCAAGCCGAAGCGAGCAAUAUUUUAGGACAGGAAAAUGGAACUACAAUUGUAGCAGUGAAAAUGCUCAAAGACAAUCAUACUGACUCAGACAUGAUAGAUUUGGUAUCUGAAAUGGAGGUAUUAAAAGUUCUAGGAAACCACCCAAACAUCCUACGGCUGCUUGGCUGCUGCAGCCAAGGGGGACCCUUGCUUUUAAUUACAGAGUAUGCUGAUAACGGAAACUUGAAACAUUUUCUUGAAAGACACACCCAUCAAUCCACUGAACUGGCGGAAAUUACUCUUUUGGCUUACGCUCGUCAAAUUGCGAAUGGGAUGACUUACCUAGGUUCUAUGAAGUGCAUUCACAGGGAUUUGGCUGCUCGAAACAUUCUCGUAACAGAAGACUACACGAUGAAAAUAGCGGAUUUUGGCCUAACCAGAAACGUAACAGAUUCAGAGUACUACAGGAAAACAACAGAAGGUAGACUUCCUAUAAAAUGGAUGGCACCUGAAACUUUAUUCGACAACAAAUACUCCAUAAAAUCUGACGUGUGGUCAUAUGGUGUACUUUUAUGGGAAAUUAUGACUCAUGGUGAGAAUCCAUACCCUUCUGUUAAAACCCUCCCUGGAAUGCUUCGCGUUUUGAACGAGAAUCGUCGACUGGAAAAGCCCCCAAACGCGUCUACAGAUGUGUACAAUUUAAUGUUGGAUUGUUGGAAAUAUGAACCAAGACAACGUCCAAAUUUCUCAACUAUUGUUGAACGCCUAACAGAAUUAUUAACAAAUGCUGAGGUGGUCAACGAAUCGUCUGAUGAAUCUGAUUUAAAAAGCAUAAUUUCUACAACAACCCCCACUGAAUUGGACAAAUUGAUUACAAACUGCUCGCAUGAUGAGAAGGAUUAUUUUCAAGUUGAACAGUAAAUAUUAAGUUAACGUUAUUAAUUUUAGAUUAAAUGUUAGGUUUUAAUAUAGGUAUUAAAAUUA